AUGACGGACGCCAAGGUGCACGCGAUGAUGGACGACAUCGCGGGAUGGAAGCGAUCGACGGGGAAGAUGCGACGCUUGCUGCGACAGAUGCGCGCGCUUCGAGCGGCGAUCGCGGGAGAGGUGGAGACGACGUGGGGGAAGCUGACGCACAGGACGCGCGGGACGUUUCUGAGGGAGAGCCUGCCGCGGCUGUGCGAGUUUAAGGAGCGAGAGGCGCAGAUCGCGGCGUUCGGGCUGGUGCAGACGCUGGCGCUGCACGAUGAUUGCGCGACGGCGCUGGCGACGAAGGAGAUGUUUAAACUGUGCGUGGCGACGAUCAAGGGGAAAGAUAAAGAGCGCGCGGUGGCGGCGAGCGGGGCGCUGACGACGCUGGUGAAUCACGACGAUACGCGGUUUUUAGCGAGCGACGAGGGGCUGGAUAAGAGCAUGACGGCGCUGAUCACGGAAAAGGGGUUAGGGGUGAGGGUUAAAAGAAAUUGCGUGGUGACGUUCGCGAGAAUCGCGGAUGAUCCCGAGGUGGCGUCGCUGAUGAGCGCGAAGGCGCCGGAGCAAUUGAUUAAAAACUUUCUCGACUUCGUCGAUAAGACGGACGACACGGACACGGAGAAGUGGGCGCUCAUCGCCAUCGCGCGUUUGGCGAUGAACGACGAAUUUAGUAAUUUGAUGGAGAAAAAAGGUUACGUGCCUUUUUUGUUCGAACUCUCGAGAGAUAAGAUUCCGGCUCGGAAGCUGGCGGCGGCGCUCGUCAUCGCGCACAUGGCGCGCAACAAGGAUUUGCGCGAGACGCUCGUCAAGUAUCGCGCCAUUCAGUUGUUUUGCACGAUUGCGAUGAACACGUCGGAACGAAUCGAUAUGGCGGAGAUGCAAUUAGUCGCCGCGCUCGGGUUGAAAAAUUUGGCGUCGAAUUUCGAUUUGCGCGCGCUCGCCGGAAAAACGGGCGCCAUUCAGGCGUGCAUCUUCAUGUUGCGCAGUCCGCAGCAGGAAGUAAAGCGGUUCGCCGCGCUCGCGAUCGCAGAAUUAGCGCUGUACGAGCCAAACGGUGAGCGCUUUUGCAAGCAAGGGGCGUUAAAAUGGAUCAUUCAGCUCGCUCGGACCGGGGACGUGCGCUCGGAAACCGCCGCCAUCACCGCGUUAUCCAACUUGAUGUUAUCGCCCGGAAAUCAGUCCAUCAUGAUUGUCGAGGACGGCACUAAGGUGGUUGAUUAUUUGCAAAACUCGCGCAACCCUCGCGUGGCGCACCUCGCCAAGCAGCUUUUGAAGCGUUUGCGCAUGGCAAAGCUCCGCGCGGCGUGCAAGUUCGCCGCGCGAAUGAAAGCGACUGGGAACGCACUCAUCGACGCAGGCAUCGAAAUCGGCGAAGGUUACGAGUAG